AUGGAUAAGGAUCAGCUCGCCCGCCUGCUGCAGGCCAGCCAAGUUCCAAACACGGAACAGGUCAAGGCCGUCACAGCCGAUCUUCAAAAGAACUAUUACUCCAAACCUGAGUCGCUCAUCUUGCUCAUCGAGAUCGCCCUCACUCAUGAAGAUGGUGCCAUUCGACAGCUCGCCGCCGUCCAGGCCCUUCGACACGCCCGCCGCCACUGGGACAGCACUGUUGAGGACAAGAAGCCUCUGGCCCGCUCUCACCUUCUCGAGGGCGCGCUGAAGGAGACCUCUGCCACCACCCGUCACGCCCUGUCCCGCCUUAUUGCUGGAAUUGUCGGCCUCGACAUGGAAAAUGGCGAAGGCGAAGAGUUCUUGAAGCAGCUUCUGCCCCUCAACAACAGCGACAGUGUUCAGUCAAGAGAGGUCGGCUCCUUCAUCCUCUUCUCCAUGUUGGAGGGGAGCCCAGAGCACUUCGAAGGGUAUACCCACCAGCUCCUUCAGCUGUUCCAGUCUCGUAUUGAAGACCCUGAGAGCAAAGAAGUUCGCAUCAAUAUUGUUCAGGCCGUUAGCGCUAUCCUGAUGAACAUCGAGCCCGAGGAGGACCCCGAGUCCCUCAAGGCUGUCCAGGGCUUCAUCCCCAACAUUGUCAACAUUCUCAAGGCUGCUGUCGAGGCUGAGGAUGAGGAAAGCUACAGGAUCAUCUUCGAGGUUUUCCACUCCUACUUGGCUUGCGACCCCAGUUUCCUGGCAACCCACCUUCAGGAUCUCCUACAGUUCAUGCUCGGUUUGGCCGCCAACACCAAUGCCGAGGAUGACGCCCGUACCCAGGCCCUCAGCUUGCUUAUCCAGUGCGUGCGCUACCGUCGCAUGAAGUUGCAAGGCAUGAAGCAGAUUGUUGGAGAAAUCAUGAUCAAGUCAAUGCAGAUUAUCACUGAGCUGGACGAUGACGACGACGAUGAGGACAUGAGUCCUUCUCGCACCGCCAUCACCCUUGUCAACACCCUAGCCAGCGAGUUGCCUCCUCGCCUGGUCGCCGUGCCCAUGCUUGAGCAGUUCCCUGGCUUUGCCGCACACUCCGAGCCUGGCUAUCGAAUGUCUGCUAUGCUCUCUCUGGGCAAUGCUGCCGAGGGUGCUCCCGAGUUCAUUUCUACCCAGCUCCAGCCACUGCUACCCACCGUCGUCAGCUUGCUGUGCGACUCGGAUAUUCGCGUCCGCCACGCUGCUCUCGUUGGCCUCAUCCACCUUGCCGAAGAGAUGGCCGAUGAGAUGUCCUCACAUCACGAGCAAAUCAUUUCCGCUGUCCUCAAGAACCUCGAGUCUGCUUCCCAGGGUGCCACUGACAAGAAGAGCAUCAGCAUUGUCCGUUGCGCUUGUGGUGCCCUUGAUACAUUUGGCGACGGAAUUGACACCAAGAUCAUGGCUCAAUACGGCCCGAACCUUAUCGGGCCUAUGGUCAAGCUUCUAGAUCAUGAGGACUAUGGUGUUAAGGCUGCUGCCGCCUCUGCUGUCGGCGCCAUUGCUGCGUCAAUGGACAAGGAGUUCCAGCCUUUCUUCGAGGGAGCUAUGAAGGCUCUCGGCCGCUUCGUCAUGCUCAAGGAAUCUGACGAAGCCAUGGACCUCCGCAGUGCCACCUGUGACAGCUUGGGCCGAAUUGCCAUCGCCGUUGGCCCCGAGUCUUUCCAGCCUUACGUUGUGGAUCUCAUGAAGGCCAGCGAGGAGGCUCUUCACCUUGACAACCCCCGCCUCAAGGAGACCAGCUUCAUCCUGUGGUCUAACCUGUCCAAGGUCUACGGCACUGAUUUCGAUCACUUCCUUGAAGGAAUCUUCAAGGGUCUUUUCGCUUCUCUCGAGCUGGAGGAGGAGGAGAUUGACCUGCCUGGUAUUGAUCCCAGCCAGCUGGGCGAAGGCGCCAUCAUUGGUGGCAAGCGCGUCAAGCUCAAGGCUCCCAGCUCCGAAGAAGAUCACAUCAUCGCCACUGGUGGUGAAGACGACUGGGAGGAUAUGGAUGACCUUGCCGGCCUCGAGGACUUCGAUGCUGUCACUGCUGUUGCCCUUGAGCAGGAGAUUGCCAUUGAUACUCUUGGCGACGUCAUCUCCAACUCUUGCAACACGAACCACCUGGAGAGCUAUGUAGAAAAGUCGAUCGAGCAAAUCCUCCCAUUUGCCGAACACACCUACGAAGGAUGCCGCAAAAACGCCAUCUCGACUCUCUGGCGCAUUUAUAGCCGUGUCUUCCAAGUGUGGGAAGAGAGCUCCGGUUCCAAGUGGCAGCCUGGCAUGCCCCCUAACCCUGCUCCUCCUGCCUCCAUUGGCAAGAUUGGCGAGACUCUGUACAAAGCUACCAUGGAUAUCUGGACCAGUGAUAGCGACCGAUCUGUCAUCACCGAGGUCAACCGCAACGUUGCUGCAACCUUGAAGGCCUGCGGCCCUGCGGUUCUCAUCUCCAAGGACACCAUGCUUCAAGAACUUGUUUCAGUCGUUGGCCUUAUUGUCACCCGCUCACACCCUUGCCAACAAGAUCUUGGUGCUGAGGACGAGGAGCAAGAGGUUGAUGCAGGCUCCUCCGAGUACGACUGGCUGGUCGUUGACACUGCCCUGGAUGUCGUCUCUGGCCUGGCCGCCGCUCUGGGAACCCAGUUUGGCGAGCUGUGGAAGAUCUUUGAGAAGCCUGUCCUCAAGUUGAUCAGCUCUACUGAGGAUGUGCACCGAUCUACCGCCGUCGGCACCAUUGCCGAAGUUGCCAAGUACACUGGUGAGGCUAUUACUGAGUUCACCCAGUCGCUUAGCCAGGCCCUCGUCCGCCGCUUGUCAGACCAUGAUCAGCUCACCAAGUCCAAUGCCGCAUAUGCCCUUGGUCUCCUUAUCCUCAACUCCAAUGACACCAGCAAGACGAUCCCUCUGUUCCCCCAACUGUACGAGAAGCUCGAGCCCUUGCUGUCUGUCCACGAGAUGCGCAUCACCGACAACGUUGCCGGCUGCCUAUGCCGCAUGAUGAUCAAGCACCCAGAUAAUGGAUUCGUUGAGCAGGCUUUGCCCGCGGUUGUUCGUGUCCUCCCUCUCACGGAAGACUACGAGGAGAAUGAGCCCAUCUUCCAGUGCAUCUACAAGUUGUACGACCAGUCCAACUCCACGGUGCAGCAGCUCACACCUCAGCUGGUUGGCAUUUUUGAGAAGGUCCUGGGAGAGCCCGAGGAGCAGCUGGAGCAAGAUACCCGACAGUUGGUGCAGCGCAUGGUGCAGGCCCUGAGACAGUAA